GCGCAGUAGGCGCCUCGGCCCAAGCAUCACCAUCAGAAGCAGCAGCAGCAUCAGGACCACCGAGCUCUCCCCCCACCCCCAUCAACGAUGAUGGCGCAUGUAAACACGGCGCUCGUCCUCUCGUCUUCCCGGACCCUCAACCGCCACUUCCUCCCGUCGAUCUGACGUCACGACCGCGUUCUCGCGUGCAUGCGUGCGUGCGCAAGCAAGCUUUGGACUCCGGCUGACAUUGUAAUGGUCACACCGCGAAGCGCUUGCAACAAAAGGCAGCCUUGAGAAACCCCCUCGGCUCUAGAGUAGGGGGGAUAUGCACGUCAGUGUUUGGCCCAGCUCGCUCUCUGUCGUGAUGGCAGCGCUGUACCAGGGCACGGACGCUUCCUCCCCGGAUAAAUUCCUCGCCCUGAAAGACGUCAGGGAAGUGAAGGAGGAGACCACGCUGGAUGAGAAGCUCUUUCUGCUUGCCUGCGAGAAAGGUGACUACUACAUGGUGAAGAAACUACUGGAGGAAAACAGGCACGGCGAGCUCAACGUCAACAGCGUGGACGUGCUCGGCCGCGACGCCGUCACCAUCACCAUCGAGAACGAGAACCUCAACAUUCUGCAGCUUCUGCUCGAGCACGGCUGCCAGGCCACAGACGCCCUGCUGGUGGCCAUCGACUCGGAAGUGGUGGGAGCUGUGGACAUCCUCCUCAACCACAGACCCAGACGCGCAUCCAAGCCAUCCAUCGCCAAACUAAUGCAACGAAUCCAGAACCCCGAGUAUUCCACGACCAUGGACGUGGCUCCUGUCAUCCUGGCGGCGCACAGGAACAACUACGAAAUCCUGACCAUGCUUCUGAAGCAGGAUAUCUCGCUGCCACGGCCGCACGCCGUCGGAUGCGAGUGCACGCUCUGCAACGCCAAGAACAAGAAGGACAGCUUGCGGCAUUCCAGGUUCCGCUUGGACAUCUACCGCUGCCUAGCUAGCCCUUCGCUCAUUAUGCUAACAGAGGAAGACCCCAUCCUCAGGGCCUUUGAGCUGAGCACAGAUCUCAAGGAGCUCAGCCUGGUGGAGGUGGAGUUCAGGAACGACUACGAGGAGCUAGCCAAACAGUGCAAGAUGUUCGCCAAGGACCUGCUGGCUCAGGCUCGCAACUCCAGAGAGCUGGAGGUCAUCCUCAACCACACGUCCAACGAGGAUCCGGUGGACAAGCGGGGGCUCCUGGAGGAGCGCAUGAACCUCAGCCGCCUCAAACUGGCCAUCAAGUACAACCAGAAGGAGUUUGUGUCCCAGUCCAACUGUCAGCAGUUCCUCAACACGGUGUGGUUCGGCGAGACGGCCAGCUACCGUCGCAAGCACACCUGCCUGAAGAUCGCCACGGUGCUGAGCGUGGCCGUGCUGUGGCCGCUGCUGUCUUUCUGUUACCUACUGGUGCCGCGUUCCCGCGUGGGCCAGAUCAUCCACACGCCCUUCGUCAAGUUCAUCAUCCACAGCGCUUCCUAUUUUACCUUCCUACUACUGCUCAACCUCUACUCGCUAGUCUACAACGAAGGCAAGAAGAACACCAUGGGCCCGGCGCUGGAGAUGAUAGACUACCUGCUCAUCCUUUGGAUCAUAGGAAUGGUGUGGUCGGACGUGAAACGUCUUUGGUACGAGGGGCUGGAAGACUUCCUGGACGAGUCGAGGAACCAGCUGAGCUUUGUGAUGAAUUCCCUUUAUUUGGCUACCUUUGCCCUCAAGAUAGUUGCUAACAGCAAGGUACACACACACACACAUAUACACACAUAUACACUCAUAUACACACACGUUUUCUUUCCUCCGCAGUUCAAGAAUGUGGAGGACACCGAGAGAAAGAACUGGGAUGCUUUCCAUCCCAUCCUGGUGGCCGAGGGCUUGUUCGCCUUUGCCAACGUCCUCAGCUAUCUGCGCCUCUUCUUCAUGUACACCACCAGCUCCAUCCUGGGGCCGCUGCAGAUCUCCAUGGGUCAGAUGCUGCAGGAGUUCGGUAAGUUCCUGGGUCUAUUCCUGCUGGUCUUGUUCUCCUUCACUAUCGGACUCACCCAGCUCUACGGAAAGGACCGGAAAGAUCCGGAUAAGAGUCCGCCUAGCGACUGCCAGGGUAUUUUCUGCCAGCAGCAGAGCAACGACGCCUUCCACACGUUUAUGGGCACGUGCUACGCCCUCUUUUGGUACAUUUUCUCGUUGGCUCACGUGGCGCUCUUCGUGACCCGCAUCAGUUACACGGAGGAACUGCGCUCUUUUGUGGGCGCUCUGAUUAUCGGAACCUACAACAUCGUGGUGGUCAUUGUGUUGACAAAGCUGCUGGUGGCCAUGCUCCAUAAAAGUUUUAGACAAAUUGCUAAUCACGAAGACAAGGAGUGGAAGUUCGCUCGAGCCAAAUUGUGGCUCAGCUAUUUUGACGACAAGUGUACGAUGCCGCCCCCAUUCAACAUCCUGCCCUCGCCCAAGACCGUCUGCUACCUGCUCACCAGUAUGAGCAAGUGGAUCUGCUCGCAUACCUCCAAGGGACGGGUCAAGAGACAGAACAGCCUGAAGGAAUGGAAGAACCUGAAACAAAAACGCGACGAGAACUACCAGAAGAUUAUGUGCUGCCUGGUGCAUCGAUACCUGACAUCCACGCGGCAGAAGAUGCAGAGCACCGACCAAGCCACCGUGGAGAACCUCAACGACCUGCGCCAAGACCUGUCCAAGUUCCGCAACGAGAUGCGGGACCUGCUGGGCUUCCGUACUUCCAAAUACGCCAUGUUCUACCCCAGGAGCUAGAAGCCUUUUUACCUUUGCUCUUGACUUCUCCUCCUGCUACUCAUUUAUUCUUUGAGAGGAAAACAAAAACUGACUGACUAAGGCGAACUAGAAACACAAUCCAUGCAUUCUCCCGUUUUUCUAAAGACAGGAAGCCGUUGUUUUGAACAGAGAUACCAAUAAAUAUUUAUGCAAAAUUUCA